GAGUACCCCCGAGCACGACUCCUCUACUGCAGUCACGGCGACGCUCCCCCACGGACGCGUGCAAAAUGAGUCCGCUGACGUCGAGGCCGUGAAACAGCCAGCAGCCUUCCGCGAAGCCGUGGAGGCUCAGGCUGUCGCGGAAGCAGAGUCCUCUUCUGCGCGCGCCUUACAUGCGCUUCCAGCACUGCCUGACAUGCGCAUUCCUCCUGUCUCGGCCGAGGCGAGCAUCCCCACCGACCCCGACAAGUCUUAUGUCUUGACCUAUCAGUCGGAUUCCAUAUCUCGCUUGGUAGAUCGCCCGCCCACGUCUUCAUCCGUUCAAUAUCGCCACCCCGCUCAACUCCCGCCUUCCACGAACUCAGUGAUCGCAUCCUCGCUCAUCCUGCCGCCCUCUACGACUUUCGGCUCGAGCGCACCGCCGGGCCGGGCGGUGUUCUUUCGGAUGCUGCGGCGGUUGAGCCUAGACGGCGGCGUGAGGCUCGCGGGCGGUUCGCCAUCUGAAGUCGCCGCGAACGUGCUCCCGCCAGAGCAGUAGGACCAGGUGUGGGAGCUUAUGACUGAGGGCUCGACCUUGCCGCCGGAGUAUCAGCCGUAUAGGGCGAUCUGAAGUCCGGUUGAGGGGAGAUGACGGAAAGUGUGGGAGAUAGCUAUAGUGUACUGGCUCUCACGAUAAUCAUGACCCCAACGCAUCUUACAACGCAUUGCAUAUUUGCACUUCCACCAAGGCGCUGUAUAUUUCGAAUACCUCACUUAAGUUCUCCGAUCUGCGUUUCUGCGCGCUGAAGCGCUGACGAUCGGAAUUUAACCUAUGACAAAGGUCUCGAGGUUGGCAUGCGGUCGGGUCAUUGUCUCCCUGCUCAAGCGUCUUGCGGUGUUGCAGUCGAUCCACCUUGCUUACUCUAUCUCAUACGCUCAUGGCGUCGUAUGAUGCACGUCGGUACCUUGUCAGGCGCUGGAUGACUACGCAAGUCCUCUAUUCAUUCAUCGGAUGUUCUGCGUGCAAGAAUUCGUCAAAAGUGUUGGCACCGGGCACCUACAGCAUAAUCU